AGCUGGCUGUGACUUUUACCACCGCUGCGGUGUUUCGAGGGAAUGUCUAACGUCUGGCGUUUUCGAAGGACACCAUGUUUUAUUGCACUGGUCACACCAAUUUCGUACUCCCUUUUUUGGCAGGCCGCGUGGCAUUCAGCACUCACGUUCCACCUUUUGUGGAGGAAGAGGAAGAGGAGAAAAAGGACUGGACUCAACAAACAAAACAGGAGGAGAUCCCAAAGAGCACCGAGCCAAAGGAGAAGAACAGCACACACAACAUAGCAGCUUUCAUUCAGCAUUCGUCGUAUUCAGCAAACUGCAAAUAAAGUGACGGACCCCUCCGAAACGUUUCGCCCGUUCAUUGAGCUGAUGGACUGCUACAAAAGUUCCGUCCAGGUGUCAAGUCUUUAAGUCUCAAACAGAGGAGCUAAAGCGGGGCGACGCGACCCAGAACCAUCAGCACAAUGGGCAGGAAAGACCAGGACUUUGGUUCUUGGUUAGACAACAACAAGGCCAAAAGAGAAUCAGUCCAUGUUGAGACAAAGAACAGCAGUAGUGACAACCAGAACAGCUCUACAAAGACUCACAACUCUCUCGAGUCCACUCGCCUUAGCGAUGACGACGAGGUUCGGAGGAGUCAGGCCGGCGGAGAAGAGGGUCACCUGCUCUACCACGUCAGCCUCGUGCUCAAGGAACAGUAUGAGGUGGUGUCCACACUGGGAGUGGGAGCCUUCGCAAAGGUGGUGGAGUGCAUUGACCGAGACAGAGGUGUGCAUGUGGCCGUGAAGAUUGUGCGCAACAUCAGAAGCUUCCGGCAGGCAGCCAAGUGUGAGAUCGCCGUCCUGGAGGAGAUCAACACCUUGGACGACGACAACAGAUUUGCCUGUGUGAGGAUGUUGGACUGGUUCGAGCACCAAGGCCAUGUGUGCCUGGUCUUUGAGCUGCUGGGACUCAGUACCUAUGAGGUCCUGCGACAAAACCACUUCCUGCCGUUCAGCGUGGAGCAGAUCCGACACAUGGCCUUCCAGAUCUUCCAAGCUGUCAGCUUCCUGCAUCGCAAUAAACUGACACACACCGAUCUGAAACCGGAAAACAUCCUGUUCGUCUGCUCUGACUACGACAUGGAGUACAACGACGCGACGAAACGCGACGAGAGAAAGAUCAGGAGUCUGGAUGUCAAGGUGGCGGACUUCGGCACCGCCAUUUUCGACCAUGAGCACCACGAAUCUCUGGUGUCAACGCGCCACUAUAGAGCUCCGGAAAUCAUACUCGAUCUAGGCUGGAAUCAGUCAUGCGACGUUUGGAGUUUGGCCUGCGUUCUCAUGGAGUACUACCUCGGACAGACACUAUUCCCGACCCACGACAGUCAAGAACACCUGGCCAUGAUGGAAAAAAUCCUGGGACCCAUCCCGCCACACCUGCUGAAACAAACCGGAAAACAGCACUACGUCCUCAACGGGCAUCUGGACUGGGACGAGGACAGCUCCUCGGGCAAAUACGUGCGGAAACACUGCAAGCCUCUCAAGAGCUUGCCGAGGCGUAGCGAGGACGAGCGGCAGCUGUUGGACCUUCUGACCUCCAUGCUGGAGUACGACGUGGACCGGCGCAUCACCCUGGAGGAGGCGCUGUGGCACCCGUUCUUCGAACCCGCCAGGAUGGCGAGGCAAAGGCGAAGAAGCUAACACAAACUGACAUACACGCACACACACACACACAGCGAACGCAAAAAAAAAAUACUCUGUAAAAUAUCCAUUCAUUUAUUUUUAACCCUUCAAAUUCCAGAUGGUUUGCACAAUGCGCAGGUUGUAAAACAAACUCGGAAAUGACAUUUUUAUAUAUUGUCAGUGCAGUUGUGUCUUGAGAUACGAGUUUAAAUUCAUUCUGUGACCACGCUCGUAACUCAAAUAAACCCAUUAAUUUACCCAUUCCAGCCUCGCCAAACAACCCAACAACAAAAUUUGGAAUUUGUUUUUGAAUAAGGAAAAUAGCACUCUAUAUUAUGUACUUUAUUAAAUAUGUAGUAAUAAUUAAAUAGAAUGUAAAUACUUCAACAGUUUAUUCAUUGCUAUUAUUUCAUUGCGACUCCUUCUGGUGUGUGCAACACGGUCACCGGGGGGCAGUAUAAUGCAGUCAUGAAGACACAAACAAAGAAGACUUUCACCACUACUAUACAUGACUCAGUGCACUGCAGUAAUAUUAAUCAUUUUUCUCAUAGGAUAAAGGAAAUGUGCCUGUGAGUAUUUGUUAUAUUUUCUGUCCAUGUGUUGCUCCACCGUAUGUUUUCAAAUAGCCGUGGCUUUAAAGGGUUAUAACACUGUGACGAUCAAUGCCAUUCGUUAGCACGUCUAUGGCAUUAUGCAUUGAUGAGUCACUCGUCUCUGAGAGCACCACUAAAUUUUGAGGCAAUGUAAUCUGGUUGAAAAUAUAAAACAACUGAAAUGUUCAAGUGUUAAGAACGCAACCCAUUUUACGCAACUUGUAUGAUUCAAUCCAGUAAAUAACCCCCCAAAAAAACAUGUUGUUUAAAUGGGUUUCAAUUUCCCAAAAGCGGCCAUGAUAGAGCCUAAAGGUACAAUUUGAUUUAUAGAGUAUAGACGUCUGGUCACCAUGAAAAUAAAACACAAAUACACGAUUAGGCAGUAAGAUUUGCAUUUUUCAGCAAAUAGUUUCAGUUAUGUUCUCCAGAAAAAAACCAAAUUGUAAGUAGGUUAGUUGGUGAAUCGACGAGGGUUGAUCGUAUUCUCCAUCAACCUGUUGCUUUAAGGGUUUCGGUUUCUUGCUUGUUCAACAGAAUUUUGUCACGAUGGAGAGCAUUCCUGUUACCAAAUGACAUUAGCUUGCUUUUCUGUUCAUUCUUCUUUGUGAAUAAAUAUGUGGCAUUUGGGUUGACUUCAUCAAAACA